GGAUCAUCCAUCAUCUUCGCUACUCUUUGCCUCGUUUGCCUUCCUUGAUUGCUCUGUUGCAUUGCCCGUUUGUCCAGCAGGCCAGCAGAGCCACGCUCUUACAAAUUGGUUUGGAUAACAUUUUAACGACGUUGUCCUGCUUCGUUCAGCUCAAAUGCAAAAACGUUGGAUGUAAAUAUUCUUAAAAGAUUAGUGACUAUGUCUGAAAAAACUAUGGCUUCCAAACAAGAAGAUUUUCGACGUGAGCUCAUGGAGGCCUUACACGAUGCUACAUCCGCUCGCAAACUCAACUCCUCUGCUCGAAUCCAGGCUUUUGCUGAAACUGUUAAGCGCAGAUUGGAGAACUUGAUAAAAGUUCUGGAUGAAAGAGGCAUUCAGUAUUACCCCAGUGUAAUCGAUCUAGUUGAAACCUUGAAAACCAAAUUGGAAAACGCCAUGGGAAGACGGCGAAAUACUCGAGUCUCAGGCGUGGUUGGCAAUGUGAUGAGAAUAGCAGGAAGCGUCUUUUAUGCCAGUACUGUAGGACAAAUAGCGUUCUGGAUCGGGUUGGUUACGAGUUCUCUCAGUGAUAUAAUGGCUGACGCUAAAGGACAAGAAAUCGGUAACCUUUUGUCGGAAAUCAGCGCCAUAUUGGAAACAGACCGCCAGUCGUUCAAGGCUGUAGCAAAAGCGAUUCAAGAAUUAGAUGAAAUUAUCGCAGGUGAAACUGGAUGGUCACUUUUCGAUGAAGAAUUUCAAGAGUUCCUGAGAAAUGCUGUUGAGGCUCCGGCAAAAGCUAUUGAAUGGGCCGAAUGCGCAGAGGACAACCGCGAAUGUAGACAAAGACUCAUCGAUCUAGUCAGGAAUCGCAAUUUGCUGACAAUUUUGAUGAAUAUCAUCGACGGCUUUGAAAGGGAAGAUGUUAUUCUCCUCAAUGUUGUAACGCAAGCUAUGGUUGCUUACAGUUUCAUCGACUGCACCCCAGUACAAGCUGUCGCAAUUCAAGUGGGUGAACUUGCGGUACGAGGACUAAAUUUGUAUAUUGAGUACAAACAUGAUGCGAUAAAGUUAAAACAAGUCAACCAAGGCAUAGCAAACAUGCGCAAGGAAUUGGAAGCAUUGAGAAAGGUGCAUCCAGAGUCGUGAAUUUGGAAAUGUACGUGGCUGGAAUUUACCCUCGUGAACCUGCAUUUUGAAAAUACUUUGCAUGAGUGCGAAGCGAGUCAAUGGAUGUAACAUGAAUUCGUUCCCCAAAAAAUCAUGUCGGAGAGAUGGGAGGGGGCAGUUUUCUUUCUUUCUUUUUUUUUCUUUUUCUUUUUUUGUUUAAAAUUUCAGUUUUAAAAACAUUUUAAUUUUUAGAAUAAGACUACAGGACUGACUCAUAAGCACAAUUUUUAAGUGAAACUUUUUAUGCUACGGCUUUGAAAUUCUAAUAAACAACCUACUUGUGUGACGGAAGUGAUGUAGUUGCUUUUUAAUUGUUGCCAAAAACAAUGAAAAAUAAAAGCAUAUAUUAGUGGAUUUUGGGCAGCUGAAAAUUUUCAUAUAUACAGGCUUUCGAAGAUUUUUGUGG